GUUUGUGGCUAGUUUAGUUUCUAUUUUAUUACAAUUAACCAAAUAAAAUUGUUUCAGUUUAGCUAAUCUCUACUUCCAGAAUUUCAACGUGUGAUCUUUUGGUUUUCAGUCGUUCGACCACAUUUGAUGUUUUUGAUCAUCACUGGUUCGACCACGUUAUUUAUAACUACGAUAAAACUCGAUUGCAUCACCCUAUUUAUAUGACAAAUUAGUCAACCCUAAAAUAUCAUUCAUUGACCGAGUGCAAAUUUUAGAGAAAGAUAGUGCAAAUCUUGCAUAAAAUAAAUAGUACUAAUAUAUAACAGAUUAUUAACAAGAUAGUAUACAUAGUACCAGUGAGUAGUUAAUAACUAUACCGACUGAAUAACAUUGGAAACGUGACUUUUUAAAAACUGAAUAGACAUCUUCUUAAUUCUCAUCAUGCUUUAUACAACAUUGGAAACGUUGGCUAACACAGAUGUAUAUCAACACUUCAACCAUGCAAAAAAGAAAAUUAUAAUUAUUUGCUUAGUAGCUUUGUCUGGCUAGUUAUAUGUAUACAUGAUAAAUCUCUUUCUCUUGCUUGUCAAUGCAUGCACUUCUAUUAAAGAUUUCGUGUCUUAUAUGUAAACAUUAAUUCUUUGCUUUAAAAAAACAAAAGUUCAUUUAACUCUAUAUUGUCUAUUAAUUGGUAUUCAAAUUCAUGUAUGUUUAAGUUUAGUUUGUUAAUUAUACAAAAACAUCGAGUAUACAUGAAUUAAUUAAUUGUGUUAUGUAAAAUCUAUGUACUCAAAUUCCUUUAUUUUUAGAUACGCUUCUUCUAGACAAGUACAAAGUUCAUCAAUUCAAUUAGAUUAGUCUUCAGUUCUUAUGGAAUAGUAAGAUUCAGUUAAACGAAAGAAAAUAAAUAAAUAUAACUAGUUAAAGGAAAACACCAAAUUUAUAUAUAGAUGGACGGCUAAGAUCACACCAAGAACCAAUAAUAAAGUAUUUUACUAUUUUUUUGAUACCGAUAAGACUGAAAAUAGAUCUCAGAUAUCUAUAUAAAUAGAUCCUACUACAUUUUGCAACGAAACAUGCAAUAAAAGAAAAAAAACAAAUUUGGUUCCUUUUUCUUCUUCAGACAAGUAAAAUCUUUUUAGAUUUCUAUACACACAUAUUUUGCAGACAAAGGUUUGAUCAUGCUCUAUUUACCUAAGAAGCUGUUCUUGUUCCUCUCGUGCAUUGUGAUGUUGUCAGUCAACUACAACAACAGUGCCUCCGUAACCGCAGCAAAUAGCAUCGGCUUGAACUACGGCCUCCUCGGAGACAACCUCCCCUCUCCGUCCAAUGUUAUCAACCUUUACAAGUCCAUAGGCAUUACUAAAAUCCGAAUCUUCGACCCGAACACUGAGGUUCUCAAUGCCUUACGUGGUCACCGCGAUAUAGAAGUCACUGUUGGCGUUAAAGACCAAGACUUGGCUGCUCUUGCAGCAAGCGAAGAGGCUGUUAAGGGCUGGUUUGCGGCCAACAUCGAGUCUUACUUAGCUGACGUCAACAUCGCAUUUAUUACCAUUGGUAACGAAGUCAUCCCAGGACCAAUCGGUCCUCAAGUGCUUCCGGUCAUGCAGUCUCUCACCAACCUCGUCAAGUCGAGAAAUCUUCCUAUCUUGAUAAGCACCGUGGUAGCUAUGUCGAACCUCGAGCAGUCGUACCCACCUUCCGCGGGAAUGUUCACCUCCCAGGCUCGGGAACAACUUGUCCCCGUACUGAAACUAUUGUCACAAACAAGUACACCGAUCCUUGUCAACAUAUACCCUUACUUCCCUUAUGCGUCCGACCCAGUUAACAUCCCUCUCAACUAUGCCACCUUCAACACUGAGGCCAUAUUGGUCCAAGAUGGACCAUUGGGUUAUUCAAACAUGUUUGAAGCAAUCUUUGAUGCGUUCGUGUGGGCAAUGGAGAAGGAAGGCGUUAAAGAUUUACCAAUGGUGGUGUCCGAGACAGGAUGGCCAUCCGCGGGGAAUGGGAACUUUACCACGCCGGAUAUCGCGUCUACCUACAACAGAAAUUUUGUGAGGCAUAUAGCAAGCGGAAAAGGAACGCCUAAAAGGCCUAACAAGGGCAUCGAUGGGUUUCUGUUCGCAACGUUCAAUGAAAAUCAAAAGCCGGUCGGGACUGAACAAAAUUUUGGGUUGUACAAUCCAAGUGAUAUGAAGCCAAUCUACAAGCUAUUUUAAGCGUGCAGUGAAAGUUGCUUAGACUUUCUCGAUUCACUAAUAAUAAUGAUAUAUUAGCUGUUAGUGAAUUAGUAAAAGAUUAACAAUGAUACACAUGUUAUAAGCAACUGAUGUCUACGAGAUGAGAUCUCGUAGCGAAACUUAAUUGACUUUUGUAAUAAAUCUGAUUAUCUGAAUGCAGUACUAAUUUGAAAACCAAUUUCUCUGGUUUAUUAAACGAACGUACUCUGUUUCUUCGUAUAUCUAACACAAGAGUAUGCCAUAUGCUUCGCAUCGUCUUGUAUAUGCAUUUUGUUUUGUAUAGGAAUGCAUGUCCAUAAUAAUUUUGUAUUAUGCACAUCAGUGUCCCAAAUUGAUUCAAAAAUCAAUGGGUUUGUGUUAGUAGUACAUAAUUAAAACAAAGUGCGUUUGUGUUUGCUGUGUUUGUGGCUUAAUUAUUUUAGUUUCUCUUCGACUACCAUAACCCAUACACAAUUGUUUCGGUUUAGUUAAUCUCUAUUUUCGAAAAUCCAACGUGUGAUCGCUUAGUUUUCGGUGGUUCGAAGACUUUAACAUGGAAAUUUUUUGGUCUUUUAGUUGUUCGACCACGUUAUUUACUACCAUAGUCCAUAGCUAAUAGUUCUUUGUUCAAAAAAAAAAAAAAAAAAA